AUGGGCUCGCGAGUUCAGAACGGGGAGGUGCAGCCGAGGAGCCCGACGUUGGGGCCGCGGUGUGCGCGUCGGGCGCGCGACCAGCGGCCCCCGACUCCUCCAGCCUCGAGGAGCAUGAGCCCCUCUCGAUCCUCGCUCUGGUGUCGCUGCCACCGGCCGCAGGGUGAGGACGCCAGGCCGGGGCCCCAAGUCGGUCGUGGAGUGGUGGGCGCCGCGCGCGCUCGCACCCCUCCCUGCUUGGCGCCCCUCGACCGCAAGGGGCGGCCUCUGGUUCUGUGGGCUACGCCUGGACCAGGUCACCGCUGGCUCGCGCGUUCGGGACAGGGAGGUGCAGCCGAGGAGCCCGAUGUUGGGGCCGCGGGGUGCACGUCGGGCGCGGUGGGUCAGCAGGUGUGA